AUGUCUCAAUGCUCGAGUUCACGGCCCCCAUUGUUGUCCACACGUGGCUGCCACAUUGACAGCACAGCAUUCCUUGAUGUGUCAAAGAGCAGCCUGCCUCCAACCGACCGUAAAGGCAGUGACACGAGCCUUUCAAGUGGCUGCUCCUACAGCCCGUUGCCCCCAUCUGUAGUGCCGGACUUCAAGACUCCCGACUUUGAGCAGUUCCGCAGCCCUUUCAAGGACUGCACCAUACACAGGAAUCCCAGCAAAGGUCUUGCCAUGCGAUAUGAUGACAGCUCUUCAGAGCUCGAUUCUCCGGUAAGCGCUACGAUCGACGUCAAGAAAACGGUGGCCUUCCCGAUCCCCGACACGCCAGCACAUUACACUGGCACACCUGAACUGAGUGGCAGCCCUGAGGUGUUCACACUUCCCGUCAAUGUGAACAUGAGGCGGAAGCGUGCAACAAGGAAUGUGUCUCCUCUUGUUCUACCGGAAUCGUUGCCGGAACACCUUACGGAGAGAUUAGAACAGGAGCCUGAAGGUGACAAAGGUGAUGAAUCGGGCGACAAAGAUGAUGAAUUAGACAUGUCUGACUAUGGUGAGGACACGGGGGGCGCCACAGAAAUCCCCAGUGCUCGAGCACCGACGGUGCCGCUUUUCCCGAGCCCGGACUUGGCAGCCUACAGGCGCAUCAUCCACGAGGAGAUGGCCAGGUGUUACGGUGCACACAUAGUGUCACCAGUCUCAACAGCCGAUUCUCCGGCAAGCACAGUGUGUCGCGAUGAACCGAUGAACCGUCAGCGCCUGGACUUCACUCGGCCGUCUGAAGUCAGCAAUGCGUGCCUAAUUGAGCACCCGUUUUGUCAGAAGUGUCGGCUGGCGGCCACAUUGCCUCAUCUCCGCGUGGAGACUAGCCCUGCGUCCUCCGCCGUCGACACUGGCCACUGCCUUCGCGGGAUUGUCGGCACAGCCAGGCUGAGCCCGAUUCUGAAGUUGUCGUCGCAACAAAAGGGCCGCCUGAAGUACUAUCUUGGAGUGCACGGAGACAGCGACAAAGGAGUGGGACAACUGCAACUCUGGGCUCAUCCAGAAGAGUCUCUGAUAACGAAUGCCAGGCAGCCGUCAUUGAUUGAUGGGAAUUUCAGCUGUAUAUCACCAUCGGUGGCAUUUGGCCAUGAAGAGCUG